GUCAGGCGUCAGGGACGGCAUCGCUGUGGCGAGAUCCGCGAGCCUUUGGCGAGGGAAGCAACCUUCAGCCCCGCGGAGGCCGAGCGUGGCUACGUCCAGGGACAUCUCUGGUUCAUUCAUUGGGUUCCUACUGUGUGUUCUUAUACGGCGCUCAGCCAACCCAACUGCUGUGGAGUGCUGUGCGCGGCCCCGCCCGGCUUCUUUGUGGAUGGCCGGGGCGAGGUAGGGUAGUACAGUGGGUCUACAGGGGGACAGGAGGCAGCUAGGACAGAGUCGACUAUUAGACAAAGACAGUCCACUCGGGAGAGGAGAUCCGGACCUCUCAAAGCCUUUCAUUUUGUCCCAAGAACGAUGUCAAGCCAGUGAGUUUAAGGUUGUAUCAAAGACUGAGUUUGUAGUGUGCAGAGCCGGAUGGGUGAGAGGGAGUUGUGUGGUGCAGGAAGCGGUGGGGGUCUCCAAUGGCAAGGAGGGGUGUCAGGAGUGGAUGACAGCGGUGUUUCUGGCAUGAGGAACUGGAUGCUGUGGAUGCCAUUUGCCAAAGUGGACCGCGGAGGAGGAGCAAGUUAAGUGUCAAAUGCCUGAGGGGCAACAGCUCCUGAACAGAAUGCAGAGAUGGGCUGGGACACAUCCAAAGUCAUGGGUGUCUGGGUUGUGUUUCACACCAUCGCCCUGGGCUUGAUUGAGGUGCUCAGAUACUCGAGCCAGGUUCUCUCCACUAUGGCCCGGCGUACACGGAGUAGCAGGGCAUGGCAUUUCGUCCUGAGCGCAGCCCGCCGAGAUACAGAUGCCCGGGCUGUGGCUCUGGCAGGCAGCUCUAACUGGGGCUAUGACUCUGAUGGGCAGCACAGCGACUCCGACUCUGACCCUGAGUACUCCUCCCUGCCACCAUCCAUCCCCAGUGCUGUGCCUGUGACAGGAGAGUCCUUCUGUGACUGCGAGGGCCAGAAUGAGGCUACCUUCUGCAACAGUCUGCACACAGCACACCGUGGCAAGGACUGCCGGUGUGGUGAGGAGGAUGAGGAUUUUGAUUGGGUCUGGGAUGACCUGAACAAGUCCUCAGCCACCUUGCUGAGCUGUGAUAAUCGCAAGGUCAGCUUUCACAUGGAGUAUAGCUGUGGCACUGCAGCCAUUCGGGGCACCAAGGAGCUAGGGGAUGGCCAACACUUCUGGGAAAUCAAGAUGACCUCUCCAGUGUAUGGCACAGACAUGAUGGUGGGCAUUGGGACGUCGGAUGUAGACCUGGACAAGUACCACCACACGUUCUGCAGCCUGCUGGGCAGGGAUGAGGACAGCUGGGGGCUCUCCUACACUGGGCUCCUCCACCACAAAGGUGACAAGACGAGCUUCUCUUCACGCUUUGGCCAGGGCUCCAUUAUUGGUGUGCACUUGGACACCUGGCAUGGGACACUGACAUUCUUCAAGAACAGGAAGUGCAUAGGAGUGGCUGCUACUCGGCUUCAAAACAGAAGGUUCUACCCGAUGGUUUGCUCCACGGCUGCCAAGAGCAGCAUGAAAGUCAUCCGCUCCUGCGCCAGCUCCACAUCCCUGCAGUACCUGUGCUGCUACCGCUUGCGCCAACUGCGGCCAAAUUCAGGGGACACCCUCGAGGGCCUGCCCUUGCCACCUGGCCUCAAGCAAGUGCUGCAUAACAAGCUGGGCUGGGUUCUGAGCAUGAACUGCAACCACUGGAAAUCCCCUGUGCCCCCUCCUGGCACAGCUACACCUGGUGCCGAGAGUCUGGAGACCAGGCCCUGUCAGAGGAAGCGCUGCCGAAGAAGCUGACUUCUCCCCUGGGAACGCAGAUACCUUCCUCUUUCUCGCCCUUCCAGGGCAGCAGGAGAGGGAAGAACUGAGGUCCAGGCUUUUCCCUAUCUCCCUGAGGCCAGGACAGUCUUCUCCGGUGACCAUGGAGUGAAGGUCAUUCUACUGCCUGUGCUGGUAGGGAAGCCGUACUCCUAUUUGUCCUUUGAGUUGCCACGUGUCUUGGGAACUGCAGCUAGGCACCUGUGAACCUAGAUUCCAAGCCCGGGAGGCUGGCCGACGAAGGGGAGUGCAUUCAUAUCCCGGGGAGAAGAUGGGCUGUCCCCACCCACGGGGCCGUGGGGCUUUCCUGACUUGCACUGCAUGUUGUCAGCUCCUGCUGCAGAGAUGGCAGUGGGUGCCCUGUGAAGGGGUUUUGUCUUGUCCCUCUAUGUUAUAUCAUUAAAAGAGCCUUCACAAAUGCCCAAG